AUGUGUGCUUUAUGCUCUCUGUGCGGACCAAACAACAAUAUACUAAACAUUGGUUACCUGAACAAAGAGGAUUGGUUUAUCAAUAAUGACAUUGAUAUGUACCAAGAAGAAAGCAACACACCUGCUAGAGUUAGAUCACAUAAUCUUAAUGUCGAGUUGGCCAAGGUAAAAUAUAUUUUUUCCGAUAAAACUGGUACUUUAACUAAGAAUGUCAUGAAAUUAAAACAUUGUUCAAUUGCUGGAGAACUUUAUCUAGAAGGAUCUCAAAAUAAAAUGAUAAAUAACUCAAUCAAUCACUCGACCAAAAACUAUAUCUUGGAUUUUUUAAGAAUAAUGUCUGUCUGCCAUACAGUUAUUCCAGAGAAGUCAAAACUGACAGAUGAAAUAGUAUACAAUGCAUCAUCUCCUGUUUCUCUACCGAUUGUAAUGGGACUAUUUCUAACUACAUGCUCAACAGAAACAAGAUUAAAAUGUCCACAGUUGUACUAUCAAACACAAAAUGUGUUUAAUUUUAAAAUGUUUUGGAUAUGGAUAGUUAAUGCUUUAUUUCAUUCGUUACUCUUAUUUUGGUUAUGCUUAUUUAUCAUGAGACAUGAAGUUAUAUGGACCAAAGGGAGAGUAGGAGAUUAUUCAGUAUUUGGAAACGUCAUAUACACUUGUACGUUGAUCAUUGUGUGUUUCAAGUCUGGUUUACAUAUUCAAUCAUGGUCUUUAAUCGUAGACUUAGCUAUAUGGGUAUCAAUACUAUUAUGGAUUUUAUUCAUAAUGGCUUAUAAUGAAUUAAAGAUUAUUUUAAUGCAUUUUACUGUGUUCAUCAAUGUAAAUGAAAUCAUAUUUAGUUCAUCAAUAUUUUGGAUUACAAUAAUAUUUACAGCGAGUGUAGUUCUAUUACUUGAUAUUGUGAUUAUAACAAUUCAGCAGACUCUAAGCAAUGAAACGAUGAUUAAGAAAAAUGGAAAUUUAGAAAAAUAA